CAGGCGCCGUCGUCCAACUUGACUCGGGCUCCGCUCGUGGGGGAAGGUCAAAGGUUUCAAUUCCGCCGGAGGGGCGUUUGAUUGUCGUUUCCAACCGUUGGAUUCGUGAGCUGCUUGCUUUAUCAACCGUAGCUGAGUUCGAGUUCAGCGCGGUUUCCUCCUGAGUAAAACCUUUCUUCGCUUGCGGCUUUUUAUUCCCAGGAGGGAACCCAUUUUCUGAGUAGAAAAAUGGCUGGCAACUCACCACAAAUACAAAUCUGCCCCUACUGCGGAAAGCAGUUUAAACGUCUCAAGUCUCACCUGCCUCACUGUAAGAUGGCAGGUAGUGAAGAUUCAAGAGAAGCUUUGCCUCUCAAAAAAGCUUGUGAUUCUGAGCGGCUAAGUACUGAGAAAAAGAAAAAGAUCAGAAGCUUAGAAGCUUCCCCCGAAGAAGAAAGCAAAAAGAGUAAAACUGACUUGGUAACAAAAAAAGGAAGAAGAAAAAAUAUUGGAGUAACUGAAACAGUUGUAAACAGCAACCUGCCUAAAGAUAAAGAUACAGAAAAGAAAAUUAAAAGUGCUAGUGAAAAGUCUCCUCAAACAAGGGAAAAUAAACAAAAAACUUCAGAAGAGCUUUCAGCACCAGUAGAUUUGUUUCCAAAAACAAAUCUUCCAGAGAAGUUAUCCACAGUCGAAAAAAACAAUAGAAUUUCUUUACUUAAAGAAGAGAUAAUACCUGGUCUUAGUUUAGAAUCACUGACACAAAGUGGAAAAGCCACUUCAGAACCACAUCAAAAACCCUGCACAAAACAGAACGUAGAGUCACCUGGAGAGCAGCAUGCAUCCCUUUCAACAAAUAAUUUCAUUGAGAGUCUUCAACCAAUACAUCAAGGACUUGGUCGCAGAAUAGAACAGAUCACUGCCUCUCAUCAUGUGACAGCAUUAGAAAACAGAUAUGAAUCCUCUAGUCAUAGUUUGUCAAAUGAAAAUAUCCUUGAUAACAGUAAAACAGGACAGUGGCCUCUGAAAUCAGUGUCAGCAGAAGCAAACAUUGCUUUGGCCAAUAGGCAGCAAAUUAUUACAGGCAAUGUGGACAAGAAGAACAUUUUAGAACUUGAAGGAAAUUUCAAAAAUCAAAGUACAGAAAAUGACAUAUUCACAAUUAAAGGAUGCACAUCACAGGGCCAUGUUGUUGUAGACAGCUAUGGAAAGGUUACCAGAGAUCCAGUCCACUUGUUUAAAAGUAAGUUAAAUGCAAAUUCGUUAUUUUUGAAAGCAGAGGAUUAUCCUAAGGAACACCUAAUUGAUCCAGAUCCUAGGCCAAAUGUUUGUCAUACAUUCACAGAAAUUCUCAGAGAAAUGAAAGUUGAUAAAACUUCUAGCUACUUAAGUGCUUUAGAGAAAAAUACAUAUUUGUGCUCAAGAGCCUUUGAGACAAAAGAAGGUAAAAAUUCAGUGAUGAGUUUGAGAAAACCCUCACUCCAAAAGUUAAAAAUGACUUCUUUUCCAGAACAAAGCAUAAAACAGUCUUCAUUAGGACUGGAGUGGUUCUCUGAACUGUAUCCCAAUUACCAGAGGCUGGGCUUACUUUUAAAGAGGCAAUCAGAAUGGGAUACCAAAAUAUCAGAAGCUCACGUUCUGCUUUGUGGCAAUCACAAAGCCUGGAACGGAUACUUGAACAGGAACAUUAAUGUGAAAAAGUAUGGAUUGCCUGGGAUUUCUCUGAUGCUGCUGGGCUUGUGUACCUUUGGCUAUGCUUGGAGAGAUCACAUUAAAUUUAAGCAGAGGAACUACCCAGAUGAAGAUGCAACAGUAUAAAUAUUAUGCAUUUGCAUACUGCUCAAUCAUGCAACUGGCCAGUAAAAUGGAUAUUAUUUGUGCUGCAGAAGUAACAUGACAGUAUUUUGACUAGUCACUUGGGAUCUCUUUAGAAAUGGUAACCUCCUGUGGUAUGUUGGUUAAAAAAAAAAACAAUCUCGUAAUCCUGGCUUUAUUCUUGGGCAGGAUCUGAUGUCCAUUUUGCACCAUCUGCAGUGUUUAUUUGAGACUCCUUUUGACCCACAGAAUGUAAUUAGUGGAGAAAGUGCUCUCUGGGCUGUCCUCUGCCACCUGGGUCCUCUGUAAGUGCUGGGAGUGGAAGAGCACAGCGGGCCACAUCCAGGAAAUGGUUUCAGUGGACCAUAGUGGGGGAAGACAAGACAUCCCACUAGGGUACAUUAGGGCUUGAUUUUCUUCCCUGUCCUGUUAAACAUUCAUGUGGAAGUGCUGGGAGAGAUUCUCUGUUGGUUUGGUAUGAUGCCACCAGUAUGCUGAUGAGCCAUAACUCUUCAUUACACUGGAAGCUUAACUGGGGGAGUUGUGGAAGUCCUGACUUGAAUGGAACAAAACUGACUGAAUUGAAAUCCAACAAGACAGAGUUGGGUUUAUUGUGAGGCAGGUGGUUCCUUAUAGCAGCGGUCCCCAAUCUUUGUGGCUUGGUAGCCUGGCUGGGGGGGCCCUGUGACUGGUGGGCCAGUGUAGCGUGCACCCCUUGCACCAGCACUGGGCUGGUGCACAUGUGCACAAAUGCCUGCCAGUCUACCACUUGUGCAGGUUGAGCCACACACGUGUGCAAGCUCUGGCCAGCCACUCAUGCAACCCAAUUCUGAAUACGCCAUGGCCCGGUAGUGGGCCACAGCUUGGAGGUUGGGGGCCCCUGCCUUAUAGAGCCAGGCUGUAAGCCCUUUUAGUUUUGAAUUCUGAGACCAACUUUUUGAACCAGAUAUAUGGAGAAAAUAAUUACCAAGAUCUUUGCAUUCUAGAGUAAUCUUCACUGUUUUCAUCUAGCUGCUACAGACAGAACUUUCCAGGUGCUUUACAGAUAGUUGUAUAUUUGGUAUUUUGCAAUGGCUUCGGUAUUAUGUAACCAAAAUGUAACUGUUUCCAAAACAGUCUUUUUCUAGGAGUGGCUGUUAUGCAAAUACAGACCUUACUAUUGCUGUCCCCUUGAAAGUCCAGUCACAACACUGAAUCAAAGAACACUCCUGUCUGCACAUUAGCAGUAGCAUAGCUUCCAUCUCAAAUAAUUCAAAUCAAGAGAGCCAAACUUUCAGCUAACCAUCAGCAUUGCCAUUUUGUGGAAUUCAUUUCGGUUUGUUCUUUAAUUCAGCUUAUUUUGCUCAGGCAACCUGCCAGUCACUUCCUUGUAUUAAAUCUUGAAAAAUGAGAUACUUGGGCCCAGCAGCUUCCUGUAGCUAUUAAAUAAGAAAUACUUCCAGAGGAUUCUGUCUUAUUUCCAACCACUCAAGUGUGUAUUACAGUGGUUAGCCCAGCUGAAAUAGGUUCAUUUCAUGGGCUCAUUUUAGCCCAAAUAUCAGUGUCAUUCAGCUAAAGAUUUGAGACAAGUGUAUUUGGGGAAGCAUGGAAUCCAUCUCCAGAUACAGAAAAGGAAUAAUUUUUCGUUGUAUUUGAAGGUAACGAUUGUGCAUUCCAGCACUUUAUUACCACCUACCAUCAGGCCCAUUACUUGCUUCCGAUUCAGUUGUCAUGAUGCAUCAAUGUUAGCGCCAGUGAGCAUCUUACAAAGAAAGUGGUGCAUGUUUGUUACAAUAUUUGGCCUGUACAGCACAAUAUUUUGGUUGCCUCUUUGACUACUUGACGGGUCAGAUGGUUUUUCUAAUGUCAGUGUGCAUGAUUCAUUGGAAGAAAGGAUUAAGCAAGACAGCCACCUUCUUAAGGCCUGUGUCAAGCAAGCAUCACUACCCUCAGAGGUCUCAGCUCAAGGUAGGUGUAGCUGGGAAGAUGAAACUCAGGAGACCCUCUGGGUAGUGCUUUCACUGCCAUCCGUUAGCCCAGAAAGGUGGUUGAUUCUGUCUCAGGGAUAUCUUGAAGGAUUUGCUGCUUACAUUGAGAUAAUACCUGCAAAUCUGGCCAACUACAUUGCAGAGUCGCCUUGCGGCAAGAUGGGCAGCAAAUAAUUUUAUAAGCAAAUUUAAUAAAGAUUCAGUUCCUAUCAUCUACUUGGUACAUUAUAGAUCUUAUUCAGAUAUAAACACAGUAUACGGAACAGGUACAGCCUAGCACUCUUGGAAGUAGGACCACCUGUCCAGAAAUAAGGCAGUUUCUUCUGGAACAUUGCCCCAGGAAAGCAGGAGCAAUCUCACUUCCUUGACUUCUGAUAAAGUGGCUUUCUGUGACUUGCUACACCCUUUAUGACUGUGAAUGAAGAAGGGCCCCUCUUGGCAACUCUUGUAGGAAAAUGAAUGACAUGCUUCAAAAAUUCCAAAUAAACUUAGUGGUGCCCAAAUGUUGCCUCUUCACUAUAGACAAUGUCCUACUGUAGUUAAACUGGUGGGUUUAUCAAAUCAAUCAUGACGCAGGAUAGGGGUAGCAGGUGAACUGCUUUUUUUCUUAGAGCUUAAGAAGGAAAGCACAAAUGGAUUCAAUCAAUGCCAUGUUGAACAGAUACCAUCAAAUAAUCAAUAGUAUUACAACAAUGAUUUUUAAAAUAUUACAGCAGAGAAGUAACAUUAAUAAUACAGUAUAGUACUUCUGGAGAAAGAAAUCCAUGCCAUUAAGCACGGUAACUCAAAUGUCCUUUGAUCGGAACCUUGUUUGUAGAGACAAAAGCACUUUUUUAAAACCAAAGCUGAUUUUUUUUUGUACAAAAAUAACUCUGGGUUUAUUUUCCACUUUAGAAUUAGCUAUAGUAACCUCAUACCCUCAUUUAAUUGACAAUAGUUGGGAAGUUUUGUGCUCAUCUUGACUGUUUAAGAGAAUUUGGUUGAAUUGAAUUGCAUCUGGCACAAUGUAUUUUAUCAUUUAGGUUUUUUUUUUUUUCAUUUCAGGAGUAAUAUCUGUACAUUGAUUAAAUAAAGAAAUAAGUGUGCAUAGAUUUCAAAUAACUUGACUCUGCUUAGGACUUAAUACUGCCAGAAGGUCAAUCUGUGAAGCACAAGAGGUGGGCCAGGCAGAAGUCUAGGCCCACUUAAUGAUUUGGUCCCCUGUUGGCUGCCCAUCUUCGGUCAUCCUUCUACAGGCUUUCUAGGAUAGCCUCCCCCAAGUAUUAAUAUUCAUAUUUAUUAAAUUUCAGAUGCCAUAACGUGCAGUCAUAAUGGUCAGGUUCUUAGAGCAGCAAAGCAAUAACAAUAGUGACAUUAAAACCAAUCAAUAGAAUGUCUUAAAAUUAUGGACUUAAAAUAAAUGUGAAGGACCUAAAUGUUUUCAUAUGUAGCUGUCAGUACAUUUCCGGGAUCAACCUUCAGGAUGACAAUCACUUAGAAAAGAAUUGCAAACUAUUAUGUUAUUUAUAUUUUUGUAAAAUAAACAUUUUGGAUUUUCUAUUGUUAACUUUAGUAAUAAAAUUAAUAA